AAUAAGAGUGCAAUUUCAACGAAAAUUAGGAAGCUUUUGCAUAAAAGGUCGAGUUUUCAGAGUCAAAACUCAAAAGGGAGAAACGUCGCCGACCUUUUCCUUCCUUUCUGGUAUGCUUUCCCUCCUUUUCUUUGUGUUAAUGUAUCUAAUUUCUCACUAAUCAUGUAACUAGGUUUUGCAAGAAUCGCGUAAUCCUGUGCUGAUUGAUGCUUUCACCGCUUGAUUCGUUAUGUCUGUUGCGAUCAUUGAUUUGUUCGUGACUCAAGUUGCGAAUUUUUUGGUGGGAUUUGAUCGAUCAGUGCAUUGAUUUUGAGCAGUAAUGAUGGGUUUGAGCUCCAUGGGCUAUGGGGUUAGGGGGAAUUCAUCCACAUCAAAUCUAUCUGCUUCUGCACCUCCUUUUACUGUUGAUCGAUUAAACCCUAAUCCCAGUUCAAACCCUUUGCUGCAUUACUCCGAUUAUGGUGUUGAGCCCUUUCCCCAAUUAUCUGCAAUUGAUUCUAAUGAGAUGAUUAGUGAUGAUUAUCGGUUUUCUGCCUCUGUGUCUAUUCAUAAUUCUGGUUAUGGUGGUGAUGUGAAGCCGUAUUACUCCCCGUAUGUCGCGUCCUUGACUGGGGAGGAUAGGGUUUUGGGUGGGGACGAGGGGUCUCGUUACAAUGUGGGGCAUAGUGUGGCACCUCAGCAUGAUUAUGCUCGGAGCUUGUUUGACUUGGAGUAUGGGCCUCGUUGGGUAGGCGGUUUAGGUUUCGAUGAUGGGAAACGGGCUAAAAGAUCAGAAGUUGAUGGGAAAUUCUUGCCGGAGAAGCUAUUCGUUGGUGGCUUGCAUGGUUAUGAAAAUCAAUUGUACCAUGGUGGGUGUGGCAGUGAAAACCGGAACCAAUUCAAGGAAGAUUCUAGCGUUUUAUAUAAAAAUCUCCGACAGGUGCCUGACCGCGAAGUCUAUACUGGCUCAUCGAGCACUGGAUACAUGGAAGACAAGUCACGCCUUGAGCAGCAAUUCGGCUUCUUUCAUUACGAUUCAUGUAAAACACUCGUCACGUCGGGUCCUCCCUACCCUGAACCUUAUCCUCCUCUAGCGUCCUGUGCAACGGAGAAGAACUUUCCAGACUAUAAAAACCCGUCCAGCCAGUAUGAAAAAUGCAUCAGGCCUGUCGAUGCGCCCUAUCAUGGUCGCGUUUCAGUUGGGAGAUCGUCGCCCACAGUGGUCAUUAGACCACCGCCAGCUUCCAGGUUGGAUUUGGGACAAGGUAAUGCUUCUCGUAAAUCUGAUGGUAGCGAUAAUGCUGCUGGGGUCCACAUUGUGAAUUCUGAUCAUUCCAAUCCCUCGAAGCCAGAGACGAGUCCUUCCAAGUUCUUCAAGCAAGGGAAUGCUUCCUCAGCUUCUGUGACAGAACUUUCAAGGCCUCUGAAUACCAAGGAUACUAUUGAUUCCGAGGUUAUUUUAGGAUCUCAACUAGCCCACGUGAAUGUCUCGAGUGGUUUUUCGAAGACUGGUGAUGACAUUCAAGCGGUUGAUUCGACUGAGGAGUCUUCGGAUUUUAUGGACCAUCACAGCACUGCGGUAGAUUCACCCUGUUGGAAAGGAGCACCGUCUUCUCCGUUUUCAGUGUUUGAUAUUGAAUCCGGAAACUGUGAUCGUGUCAAGGUAAAUUUGGUUGAACAAUAUGGAUUUGGUCAUGGCGAGCAUCCGAGGCUCCAGUCAAUGGAUUCUAACCGAGUUUUCUCCGAGAAAGUUGACUGCAACACGGGAAAUGAAAAUGAAUGUGGAAGAAACGACAUGAAGCUUGGUUUCGAGAAGACUCUUGAGGCAAUCUGCUCUAAUUCAGAGCAGACUUUAUUGGAUUGUAUAUCAGACACAGUUUGGACCCCUCAUGCGAUGAGGAGCAAUGGAGCCGAGUUUAGUGGUGGUAUUACGAAGGAUUGCUAUCGUCUGAACGACUUAACGAGUGUUUUUGAUUUCCAAGUCUCUGAGACUAAGUAUUUAUACAGUGAAGGAUGUGUUGGGAUGGCGGUAAAUGGCGUCUCUGAGGAUGCCUCCGUAGCAGUCCUUGCAGCAGAGAAGGUUCUCGCCUCGCCUGCUUCUCAAGAAGAUCCAAUUGAUCAUAGUACGGUACCAGAUCCGAGACUGGACGUGCCAUCAAUUGUUAAGUCGAUGCAUAGCCUCUCAGAAUUGCUUCAGUCUCACAUUUCAAGGGACGUUUGCCCUUUAGGGGAAGAAAACGCGAAGAUUCUUGAACACACAAUAAGCAACCUUAGUACUUGUUUGAGUAAAAACGUCGUACAGGUCGUAGAAACUAAUAAACCAGAGCUGAAAGAUCUUUCCGGAGAAACUUCCCUCCGGGAGACAUGUUGUGCAGAUAUUAUUACAAGAGGCCUUCGUAUGAAAGGUGAAGUUUUAAAUUCUUGCGCCCAUCCCAGUACGAAAUGUGAAGCUUCGAAUCCUUGCACGGAUCCUGGUAAGAAAGACAAGAUAACACCAAUAGUUUCGCCCUUGAGGGAUGAUUUUCACAUUAACGGAGACGAUGAUAUGGCAAAGAAGCUGUUUCAGGCUAUAAAGAAGGUCCUUGAGCAGAAUUUCGAGAUAGACGAGGACAUGCACUCACAGGCACUUCUGUUCAAGAAUCUGUGGCUAGAGGCGGAGGCUAAAUUGUGCUCCGUCAGUUAUAAAGCUCGUUUCGAGAGAAUGAAGGCUCAGAUGGCAGGCAUCAAGCUUAAGGUUCCGAAAGAGGACGAGGAUGUUGCAGAGAUGGUAUCCGAGCUUUGCAUUUCGCCUAAUUCUGUAAUCAUGUCUGUGCUGACUCCCGAGCCUUGCGUCAACACAUUGCCUAAACCCGUGUCACUGGAGGCAUCUGCUUCUGGCGCGAGUGGACAUCUUAAUUGUGUCGAGUCUUCAGUUCUAGCCAGGCUCAAUAUCUUGGAAUCUCGAGAGGAGCAGCAACGGCCCGAGAUAGUCGACUGCAAGCAUGCAGAUUCCAUCACGGCCAGAUUCAACAUCUUGAAAUCGCGAGAGGAGAGCUCAAAACUAGUAGGUGUGGACAAGGAAAACCCACCACGGACGAUCCCUGACGAGAAACAUUUCUGGCCGCUUGUCAGAGGUCACUCGGGAGAUGCUGGCAGUGGCAAGUUCGGCUCGUAUUUUCAGCACGCUGCUGGCUCUGUCACGAAAAUUGCAGCGAGUCAUCUGGAGACGAUCUGCAAGAACAAGCCGGGGUGGCGCGAUAGUUUGUCUUCGUCGGAGUGGGAGCAUGUGCUGAAAGAUGAUUUUUCAUUGAAAAACUAGUGAAUUUGCUGCUAACUGAUGUAUACAUACAUAUAUGGAGUACUAAACUUGUCCCUCUUGAGAUUGUCACAGCAUUUUGUAAAUUGAGAAAAACAUUUGUGAUGAUCAAAUUAGACUUUGAAUAUAAUGUUUUAUUUGGUCUCUGUA